UUCGAAAAGAAAUUAGUGCAUCUGAAAUAUACCACAUAAAUGUUCUGAUAGAAUUAUGCGAACAAAUAAUAAAAUUAAAUAGUUUUAAAACAUAUGACACCUAUUUUCGAAGUUAUAAAUUUAUGUAAACUUAACUGAUGACUCUAAAUUUUUAGAUAAAUUAUUGGAAAAUUUUUCUAAACGUCUUGAAUAUUCAAAAGACAGUGUGCCACUCAAUUACAGGUUAGGCUUCUCAAAUAAAAUAGACAUGGCUAAAACAUUAUCUAAUAAAAACAAAAAAGCCGACAACGUGGAUAAUGAAAUACAUUCUAGAAAAAAUUCUAAAAAAAGAAAAACAAAAGCAGUAGUAAAUCAGAAUGAUGAAGAAGAGCCAUUUAAAAUCAGUAAGAAAAUUAAAAAGAAGCGAAAUCUUAAAAAUAAUGAACCAACUACUGAAGAAAAAUCUUCAAAAAAAUUUAAAAAAAACGAAAGCAAUUUAGAUAGUAAAAAAAAUUUAUCAGAAAAUGAAGAAGAAUCUCAAGAUAAUAUUGAACAAAAACCACGUACAAUUUCUAAAAGACAAAUAAAGAGAGAAAAAGAAGAGCAACGUAAAACUGACAAAAAAGAAGCAAGUAAACAAGAUGCAAUGAAUAAAGCAUUAAAUUAUAUUUCUAUGUGGAAACAUUCAAGAAGCCAAUGGAAAUUUGAAAAGAUAAAGCAAAUAUGGUUAAUGGAUAAUUUAUUAGACGACAAAGCUGUGCCUAACUCAAUUUUUCCAACCGUAUUGGAAUAUUUUGAAGGUUGCAAAGGAAUGGCAAGAGAAACAUUACUUAAGAAAGGUAUGGAUGUUAUCAAAAUGUGCGAACAAAAACAAGAGGAGACAGGUAGCAGAAUUGAAACAGUGGAAUAUAAAAGAGCAAGGGAAUUAUUGCAGGCAUUGCCAAUUGAGACUUAAACUAAGGUUUUACCUAUUAAGAUAUUUAGUUCCUUCAGAUAAAUUUUAAAGUAACCGUUACAUUAUUAGAUAUAAAAAUAUAAC